CGGUUCGUGUUUUUGCACACACGAGUGUUAGGUACAUAAAUCUAACAGUUGGUGAACUUCGUUUUAUUUGACUGGUUAACAGUAUGAAGUCAGGAAAGACCACGAACAUAUUCUAAGAAUUGUUUAAGUUAAAAACAAAUAUGUUUAAGUAUUCGGUGCUAGUUGUGUGUGCCAUGACUGUUUGUGUAUAUUGCGGAUCCUCUAAAGCGACCUCGAGAGAAAAACGAACACCGCAAUCUUGGUGGCUACAGACUCAGACUCAACAACAAAACAACAACAUCAACAGCCAACAACAACAGGGAUUCCCUACUACUGUUGAACAACAAAGCGCGGAUGUAGUGGCCUACACUGUGACCUUAUCUAACGAAAACCAACUUGCUGAUGUACUUAAAUCAGUUUUUGAUUCACCUGCUGAAAACAGCUCAAAUUUUCAAUUAAUUGCGUCUUCUAAUGAAAGAGGAUUUAAUUCUGACGGCUCGGUGAUGCCUGAAAAAUAUAAUGAAAUGAUAGCACCACAAGGUACACCACCUCAACCGGAACAAUAUAGGUAUAAUGAAAGACAGCCGAAUAGUAAUCAAUUCGAUGAAAGAAAAGAUCCACCCGAUAGCAAUAAUGAGGGUACUGCCCAGGAUGGUGGAAGACCAGCGUUACCGCCACCGCCACCGCCACCACCACAAUAUUCAGAUUAUGGAAGGGGUCCUCCACCUCCACCCCAUCAUGAUUACGGCAGACCACCGCCUCCUCCACAUGAUUACGGUAGACCACCUCCACAUUAUUCAGACUACGACAGACCGCUGCCACCUCCACCUCUACAUCCGCCAUUUGAUCACAGACCAUCUUAUGACAGGGAAGAUUAUAGGAGGCCCCCUCCACCUCAUGAUCCAUAUUACAAAGAUAAACGUUCUCCACCAUUUCACGGACCGCAGCCGCCUCCGGGACACGGACCUCAAGGUAGACCACCAGGCCACGGAGGACAAAGGCCACCUGGACAUGGAGGAUUCUCACCAAAUGACAGACCUUAUGACUACGAUGGUUCCCGAGAUGAUAGAGGUCCUCCAAAUAAUCGUGGCCCACCAAAUAAUCGGGGUCCCCCGGAUCAUCGGGGUCCACCACCUAAUCGUGGCCCACCAGAUAACAGAGGCCCACCUGAUAAUAGAAGACCACCAAAUUAUGGAACAAAUGAUGACAGAGAGCCACAAGAUAAUAGGGAUCAACCAGACAACACAUAUUCAUCCGGAAAUGGACAACCUCAGGGAAAUAAAGGAAAUUCAGAAAAUAAUGGCUCAGACAGGCAAACGAAUGUAGUAAAUAGGCCGUCAAAUGCACAUGGUAUCGCAUUAGAUAAUAGAGGUGAUGAUGAUGUUACAGAAAAGCCUGCACAAGGGAUACCAUUAUUUCAAGUACUUCCUGUUACUCCUGAAAAUUAAUGAAAAAGUUUUUUUCAUGUUUUUAUAAAAUUACUGUUAAUUUUAGAAAUACCUGUGCAGUCAUAUUUAAUAAGUUCGAGUUAGACUUAAACAGAAUUGUAACUAAAAGACUGAUACUCCCUUUGCAUUUGUGAUGACUAUUGAGAAUUAUCCUUUAUCUGCAAUUACGCAGAGCUAUACAUUUAAUUUGAUUUUGAAACUAUUUUCUGUAAUAUUUAAUUUUUGCAUCUGUCGGAGAUGGACAAAAGUUGGAAAAAUCGGAGCCUACAUAAUAUUAUACAGAUUUCUCAUGAAAGGUUUAUAUGAAUUGAUUCAGUUGAAAAUGAAAAUAAAGUAAAUUAUGUAAAAGUUGA